GACAUAUACUGUAUCCCACAAAGAUAAUUAUAAAGUAUUUAUCAACAAACUAACUACAAUCACUCCUCCCUUCAAUAAACAUUGUUCCCUCCGCAACUGUUCUACAACCCUAAAACUCCAUGCUAAGUAAUACUACUUUUUUGUCCAUUUUUUAAGUCGUGCUUGAGGCUUGGGGUCGACCAGGGUGUUCCCCGUUGAGGAAUGAGAUGUCUGCGGGUGUUGGCUGCAAGACGCCGCCAGGACUGGCGUAUAUAAGACUGAAGAACCACCUCCAAGUAUAACUCCUCUUCACCUUAAGAGAGUAAGCUAUCAGUCACCGCGUACUACUCGCUGAAGACGGUUUAACUCAACGUCCCAAAAAAAUUCAACAUGAUUUGCAAAGUGGCGAUACUGCUGGUGGUGGCAAGUGUGGUCCUGGCUUCUCCUUACAACCCUUACUACCAACAACCUUACGCAUUCAAGUACGGCGUUCAGGACAGCUACAGCGGCCAGAACUUCGGCAGGAAGGAGAUCUCCGAUGGCAACGUUGUGAAAGGAACUUACAGCGUCGACUUACCCGACGGCCGCCAGCAGACGGUGGAUUACCAGGCCGAUAAGUACAGUGGCUUCCAGGCCAAGGUUUCUUAUACCGGCCAGUACCACUGAACCAAGACCGCACCUCCAAUUAACGAUGCCCGUGACCUCAGACAUUAACGCUCGUCCACUGAAUGAAGAGAAGUUCUUCGACAGGCGCCCACACUUAUCUACUGAACGCGCACACAACGCUAGUGAUCAUCUCAAUUACUAACUGAACAAUGCCACUCGGCUGCCAAAGUUGAAGACUUUGUACUAAACACUGAUUUUUCUAAACAUCAACACUAAUUUACUCAUCACCAUGUCUCUACAUUCCCCAAGUGUCUAUGAAAUGAACCAUUAACGCUUUCGUUUCUAAUACUGUUCAGUAUGAUUUAAUAAAAAAAUCGAAAUUAAAUCUGCAAUAUUUAUUAAAACUUUUGGAAAAUAAAUGAACAAACCCGAGUCCAAAUUUCUCGUGAUUUUACAUGUGGAAAAUCAUUAUAAAUAAAAGUGAUGGUAGUGAUGAUUAUAUAUGGUUUACCAGUAGACAGAUCCGGGGGGUCAAUGACCCCACUGCUGGGUUCCAGACCAGGCUUCCCGGAAGAUAGCCUGAUCAUCAGGCAUCCCGGUAGACGGCCUCAUCAUCAGAUGGUGCUGACAGCAUGCAUUACAAUUUAUAAACCAUAGGCCGGCUGAUCCAGUAUUGAUUUAAAGAACGUACCGAAUUCCCACUUCAAGACAGAUAGGGAUCUGCUUAAGAU